AUGAUAUCAAAUAAAUUGGAAAAUUCGAUGUCAGAAACUUCGGAAGUUAAAUGUUUUCGCGAGGAAGAUGUAUGUGUUUUGAUGCCAGUGGCUUGUAUUACAUCCUCAUGUCCCUCAGUGCCGCAAUGCAAGCGAAAUCCUUGUGCGGAUGAUUCGGAAGCAAUUCGAGAUAGAAAUGGCAUCGUGUUUUCGUGCGUGCAAGACGAAGACUGCGGUAGAGACUGUGUUUUGCUUUCCGCAGCUAUCUCGAAACUUCGAAAUUUUGACGCUCGUGUCAGCCUCAACAUGCCGCAAUGCAACGAAUAUACGGGUAUGUUUGAAGUAGUUCAGUGUGAUGAAUUUAACAGUUGCUGGUGUGUAAACUCUUCGACAGGCGUUGCUGUACAUGGCUCGAGGAUGAAGUUGCUGGAUUCAUCACUUGCCUUUGCAUUCAAUAUUUGUGCAGCGGCUCCGCUAAGCCAGCAUUCGAUGAAAAAACAUACACACAAUUAUCGUGUACUGAAAAUCGCACUGAACUUUGCCCUCCUGGAUUUCACUGCACCGGAUACGACACAUCCAUGCGAGGAGUUUGCUGUCCAGGAUCAAAGAUAUACCGAAGUGCAUUCGGGUUCUUUGAAUGUUGGAAACCCUCAUCAACUGAGGGAACAGUUCCUGCUUGAUCAAAAUUCGAUUGCCGUUGGACUACCGCAAAGCUUAUUCGCUGCUUAUUAA